GAGACGGCGGUGGCGGCGGCCUUUGGCUGUACUCACGCUGCUGUUGUUGUUUGUUGUUGUUUAUUGUUGUUUGGUUGUUGUUGUUUUGGUUUACGCCGGAUUCUGUCAGCCGCUGCUUCUGUCCGCAUUGCGGGGGCCACUUUUGGGCUGAGACGAUGAUCGAGGUGGUGGCGAAGAUUACACGCGGGCCCGUGUUCCUGGCCGGGGAGACGCUGGAGUGCCUUGUCACCUUCACCAACCCCAUGGGGCCUCACGCCACCUCUGCCAGCUGCGAGACACUGGCGUGGGCCAGCGCUCAGAUCCACUGCCAGUUCCACGCCAGCGAGAGCCGCGUGGCGCUGCCACCGACGCCGACAGCGGGACCAGACGUGCAGGCCGAGAGCGACACGGUCUUCGUGCCCAACCGAGGCGAGAGGGGCCAAUGCGUCCUCUCCACAACUCCCAAGAUCCUCUUCUGCGACCUGCAGCUCGCCCCCGGUGACAGCAAGGCCUACACGUACAGCGAGACGAUCCCGCUGGACGCUCCGCCGUCGUUCCGCGGGCAGGCCGUGAAGUACGCCUACAAGCUGACGGUCGGCUGUCAGCGCGUCAACUCGCCCAUCAAGCUGCUGCGUGUGCCCUUCCGCGUGCUCGUGCUGCAAGGUCUCUCCGAGUACCACCUGUCGCCGGAUGACGACACCGUGGCCCCAGCAAACCCCUUCCUGGACGACGACGACGACGACACGGACAGCGACGACGGCAACGAGGCGGACGGGGAAGGUGGGGGCCAGGAAUCGGGCGAGAGGGGCGAGGGGCGGCUGCUGGACCUCGCCGCGGACAUGAUCACGGUCGCCACGGCGCAGCGCAACCAGAGCGUGUUCAACAUCACGAGCCCGUGGGGCAAGGUGGGGCGCCUGAGCGUGGCGCGCUCCGCCUUCCGCCUGGGCGAGGACGCCGUCUGCAGCUUCGACUUCUCGGCGGGCGACGUGCGCUGCCUGCGCGUCACCGUGCUCCUGCAGGCCGAGGAGAGCGUGGCGCCGGCGCUGCGGCGGCGCCCCUCCCAGGCGCCCGCCGUGGCGACGCACGCGCGCCACCACGAGCUGUGUCUCCACACGGCGCGCACGCACGCCGCGCUGCCCGUGCCGUUGCACGCCACGCCCAGCUUCAGCACCCACGUGGUGACCCUCAAGUGGCGACUGCAUUUCCAGUUCCUGGUGGCGUGCGAGCCGGAGGCCACCCCCACGCUCGCCAUGGAGGCGUCCGAGGGCAGCCUGUGGCGGGGGGCCGAGCGCGUGCAGGCCGACACGCUCAGCUGGGACCUGCCCAUCACCGUGCUGCCCACCAACCCCCUUCAGGCGGCCAGUGGCUCGCCCACACAGGCCUGCAAUUCCGUCGUCAUCUGAGAGCGUGGGGGGUGUGGGGGGGGGUCGGG